AUGGUUAAGGGCACUGCACUCCCCGGUGUCUACAGUGCUACCUACAGUGGUAUACCUGUUUACGAAUUCCAAUUCGGAGAUGAUCUCAAAGAACAUGUUAUGCGAAGGCGACAGGAUGACUGGAUCAAUGCGACACAUAUCCUGAAAGCAGCCGGCUUUGAUAAACCCGCCAGAACACGUAUCCUUGAGCGAGAGGUCCAAAAGGAAAAACACGAGAAGAUUCAGGGUGGUUACGGAAAAUACCAGGGCACAUGGAUUCCUCUUGAUAAAGGCGUUGCUCUCGCCCAGCGCAACAACGUCUACGAUCGUCUACGGCCCAUCUUCGAAUACGUCCCUGGCAACCAGAGCCCUCCGCCGGCUCCCCGGCAUACCAGUAAACCCAAGGCACCGAAGAAGCCUGCUGUGCCCAAGUGGCCCAGUACAAACUUCCAGCAGCAGUCGGUAGCUCAGCCUCCUGUUAACAACUCGUUGCCAGGCGCAUCACAACCUGAAGAAUACGAGGUCGGCGACACUCUAAUGAAUGAUGAUGAUACCCCGGAUAACUUGACUGUCGCUUCCGCCUCCUAUAUGGAUGACGACCGCUUUGACAUGUCCCACCACUCAACAGGCCACAGAAAGAGGAAGAGGGAAGAGGCCAUCCAGGACUUGACGCAGCAGCAGCAUUCCGUUUAUGGCGAUGAGCUCUUGGACUACUUUCUUCUCUCUAGAAAUGAGAAGCCGGCAUAUCGCCCUGAGCCUCCACCGAAUUUUCAACCAAAUUGGAUCAUCGACUCGGAGGAACACACUGCCAUUCAUUGGGCGUCGGCUAUGGGUGAUUUGGACGUGAUAAAACAGCUCCGCCGCUUUGGAGCCAGCUUGUCAGUGCAGAACGUUCGGGGAGAGACUCCCUUUAUGCGCUCUGUACACUUUACAAACUGCUAUGAGAAGCAAACGUUCCCCCAGGUUAUGAAGGAACUAUUCGACACCGUCGACGCCCGAGAUCACUCAGGUAGCACAGUCAUUCACCACGCCGCAGUGAUGAAGAACGGAAGAGUAGUUAGCCACUCAUGUUCAAGGUACUACCUUGACAACAUCCUCAACAAACUCCAAGAGACACACGACCCGGCUUAUGUACAGCAACUCAUCGACGCCCAGGACAACGAAGGCAACACUGCUCUCCAUCUGGCAGCGCAGCGGAAUGCCAGAAAAUGCAUCAGGGCGCUUCUCGGCCGCCAGGCCUCAACUAAUAUCCCUAAUCACGAGGGCGUUCGGGCAGAAGACCUUAUCGCUCAGCUUAACGCAACGAAGAAGGAGCGUGGUCCGCAGCGAUCAUCUUCUCCUUUUGCCCCCGACUCUCAGCGCUAUGUCUCCUUCCGGGAUGCCAUGCCUGACAGAUUGACGAGCAGCAAAAAGCUCGCCAUCUCCUCCUUUAACUCAGAAGCCGCCAACACGGUACAAUCGCGUAUCACGCCCCUCAUAAUGGAGAAGUUCCAGGACCUUGCGGGCAGUUACGACGAAGAGAUCCGCGAGAAAGACCAAGCCGAGAAGGAAGCGCGCCGCAUACUCUCCAACACUCAAGCGGAACUCGCCGCCGUACGACAGCAGAUGGCCGAGCUUGAAGCUCAGCUCGAGCCGGACGACGGCGCCGCACAGAUCAUGAGCGAGGCGAACCUUGCAAAGCACCAAGUCAUGUCUCUCAUCACACACCAGAACCGCCUGCACGUACAACAGGCCGUCGACCAGGAGAUCAGCAUGCUCAAUGGCGACGUUGAUGAAGCCACUUACGAGGACAGAUUGGCCCUCGCGAGACAGCUGAAGGCCAUGGUCUCAGAGCAGCGACAGUCCGAGAACGACUACGUCGAGGCGCUGAGCAUGGUAGGCACGGGCGAGAACAUUGACAAGUAUCGCCGGCUGCUACGCAAAUGUCUCGACCCCACCGACGCGGAGAACCUCGACGAGAACCUGGAUAACCUCAUCGAGAUGAUGGAGGAAGAUCGUGACCUCCCGUCGGACGGGCCUGCCGGUCCUGAGCCCUUGGACGUCGGAAUGGGCAUUGGUAUCGGCAUCGGCGGCAUGUAA